CAGACCUGGCAAAGAAAAUAAUUUCGAUCACAAAGCAAAUAAAUGAGCUACUACUAGACGAAACGGCACAUACGCUUCAGAACCUGAAGAUACGCAAUUAUACUCAGGGUAAUAGAGCCGGCAAGGCUUUGGCAACGCUCCUAAGACAGAAGCAAGCCCAAUCAAAAAUCCCAUACCUACAUAAUCACACAGGAGGAAAAACGCAUGACCCACGGGAGAUUCUAGCAGAAAUGGCCAAUUUCUAUGACACACUAUACAACAUAAAACAGGACCCCCAGACAUCAACCGUCCGCACACGACAUCCAAAACUUCUUAUCUAA